AUGUCUGAAAGUUUCGUGAGUGAUGUUGAGGAGGUCGUUGAGCCGUAUCCAUCUGAGUUCGCUGCUGGUCCAUCCGUGCAGCGAACACAUCACCCCAUCUCGUCUCCCUCGAGGUUAUUAUUAUUAUUAUUAUUAUUAUUAUUAUUAUUAUUAUUAUUAUUAUUAUUAUUAUUAUUAUUAUUAUUAUUAUUAUUAUUAUUAUUAUUAUUAUUAUUAUUAUUAUUAUUAUUAUUAUUAUUAUUAUUAUUAUUAUUAUUAUUAUUAUUAUUAUUAUUAUUAUUAUUAUUAUUAUUAUUGUUAUUACUAUUAUUAAUGUUAUGCUAUAAUUAUCUCAUAGUACUUUCUGAAAAAACCAGAAAAUUCCAGAGAAUCUCUAUUGAAGCGCUCCUAAGAACGUUUGAAAUCCUCUAA